AUAGAUUUAGAAAAAAUACUUUUUUAACAAAUUUAGGUCUUUUAUGGAGAAAAUUCUCUUGAAGCUGCAAUGCUUUGUCGUAACUUCCGCAAAUCUCACCGAGGUCCGUCUGACUGUAAUAUACGUAAUAUAAAAAUAAUUUUUUGUUAUAGUAUGUAAAGCAUAAUGUAAAGAAGAUGCAGUAGGAUUAUUGAAUGUCACUUCAUAUUUGUCGACCAUUAGAUCUUUAUAUAAAGUAUUUUGGUGAAUAUUAUGGAGCAGAGUUGUAUUCUAUUUUUUUUACAUAUUAAAAAAGGUGAUUAGCUUUUAGGCUGUUAAGCUUUUAUGUUUCUUGUAAGCUGAAAAUGGUAAUGCAGUCACUAUUCUUUUUCAUUCAUACCUCUUUUUGUUUUGAUAAUCGCAAUUUCUCACCUAAAAAGAAAUUGCAACGCUUGCAAAUUUUUUCUCUAGAUGCUUUCACGCCUUCCCCUACUUUAGCAUUUUAUCCAUUUCUAGAAAGUGUACUUUGUUUUUAUGAGGCUAUAAUAUGUACUGGUCUUGGCAAAGUUCAAAGUUCGGAGAAUUUCGAAAGAUAAGAUAAAAACCAGGAUACCAGGGAGGCCAUCAUCAGGAAAGCUGGUCUGGCAAGAGCUUGACCCAUUUGGAGAACCCUUGAAGACAUUAAUUAUUGCCCAGAAUUCCAGCCCCCACUUGUUAAAAGACAUUCUCUGGUUCGUUUCCCCAACAAAAAUCCCAUUAUCCCAAAUCACCCAAUAUAAAAAUCCCAAAGUAACAUUCGCUUCUUUGUAACAUUAACAGUUUGCAUUUUAAAGUCUGCAUACUGUAUUUCCUCUAAAGAACACCACGGCGUUUAUUGCAAAAUCCAAAUUUUGGAUGUGAGGUUUAAUAGAGAGCGGCGUUUAUCAGAGAGCGGUGUUGUGGUGUUUAAUACGAAAUGAAGGUUUCUCAAAUGAAAAAUGACAAGAAAAAUGCGAUGAAAAAUGAUUAAAAACAAACUUUAAACAAUUUUUUCCCAAAAACAAGUAAUAAAGAUUGUGUGAAAAAACUUUAAAGUUCACAAAGGAUGUGUUCACGUCAUGGAAUAGUUAGCGUAUAAACUAUUCGUUACUUCUUGUUUGGUAUGUUUUCUAAUGAACGCCGCUUUUCAAGUUGCGUUGCUUCAAGAGGGCGGCAUUUUUGCAAAUGGUUGGUUGAAAGCAAUAGAGGGUGGCAUUUAUCAGAGGGCCGCGUUCGUAAGAGGAAAAACGGUACCCCGAUUCAUGUGACACGUUUUUUCUUAAAUUUAGUUCAAGUAAUAACCGUCACCAAACAGGGUUAGCUUUGUUAAAUGGGCAGCGAUUGAAUAAAGCGUUUUCAUCUAUAAAUCAAUUUCAAUUACUUUGUCCGAGGGUAAGUUUAUUAUCAUAACCACGUAUGCUUCAAAAAAUUAUGGAAAUAUUUAAUUUAGUAAAGAGAUCGUCAAAAUGGUCAGAAAAGAUAACCUUGCGAAACGAAUAAAAAAAAUCAAGAAAAUAACAAAUCAAGAAAGAAUAUGUAAUAACAAGUCGCCGAAAGUAAAUACAAACAAAAGAAAUAAUUUAAUAAUCAGUACAUGAAUAGUAAGCUAUGCCCAAGACAGUUGUGCACUAGAAUACCAAUACAAAUUUCAAGCAAGAACGGUCAACAUCCAGUUUAUAAAUCCUGCGGCAUUUUUCAUCCUGAAUAUCAAAUAAUUGUUCUUUAUAUCAUAGCUCUUUAUACAUGCCUUUAUGCAAGUUUUGCAGACAGAGGUGGCGCCAGAAAUCUUCCGACAGAGGGGUUGGAGCUUCCGACAGGGGGGCUAAAAUGACUAAAAUAAGCAGUUUUUUUACGUUAUUUUGUCAAAUUUGCUCCGACAAUAACCUAAAAUUUUCUCCGAUGGGGGGGCUAGAUGCUUCCGACGGAGGGGCUGUAGCCCCCCUAGCCCUCCCCUGGCGCCACCCCUGUUUGCAGACGAAUUGUAACGAAUAUGUGCCUCUGUAUCGGCUCUGUAAUCUUCAGCCAUUGGUUUUCUCAAGCUGCAGACGAGCUGAUUGACACUAUGUUGACUGUUUGUCAACAGUCAUCACAUGCUAUGACAGUUUGUGUGGACUUGUAGCAAAUUCACACGGAAGCCUAAAUCACUUCCCAUGCACAAUGUUGAAUGUGCUGCUCAUUUCAAAUGCAGCCUGCGAAAAAGCUCCAGGUUCUGAAGCGGUGUAAAAUUUUGAUCGAACGUUGAUGAUAAUGGCUGAUAUCGCUUUAUGGCUCAUAACAGCAGUCCUGUGUACCCUGCAUCUGGAAAGAGCAAGCUCCUCGUCACAGCAGCAAGAUCAAAGACCAAGUUUUAUUGGGGAAACGCCUAUUGAAAAUGGCUAUUCGACACAAAAAAGAUACAAAGCAUGCCAAAGAUGUGAGGUAUACAGGUUCAAGCAUUGUGCUGAAGUGACGUCAUAUUACAACACUACAGAUGUAAGCAUUGACUGUGGAAAGAGUUUAAUUGAUUUGGAUACUACACUAAGGCAGAUAUCUUCAUCUUUGUAUACAAAUCAUGGUGCAGAAAUAAAUUGUCUCAAAGGAUCUAGGUGGGCUCUUUGUCUCACAGUCAUGCGCCCUGGUUGCCACAACGGAUCACUGUUUCAGAAGGUGCUGUGUAAAGAAGCUUGCGAACUUAUCAAAGAUGAUAUCUGCAAAACAGAAUGGAGUGAAGUCAUCAAUCGUAUCGAGGAUGGGUAUUUGAACAUCGACAAUAUUUUUCCGGAUUGCAGCAAGUUCCCCUCUGUUAAGAGUCCGGCUGGAACAGCAAGCUGUUUCUAUCCACAAGCACUGCAGCAAUUGAGAAAAUCAAAAGCAGGAGAUAAGGACAACGAAAAGAAACAGGAUUCACUUACACUUAUACUCUCUGCUGCUGGUGGAGGAUUAGGACUUGUCAUUAUUCUGGUAAUCCUGUUGCUUUCGUACCGGCGAUGUAAAAUGCAGUCGAACCGCCAAGCCAGAAGUGUAUCGAUGCGGAACAUUCCGAAGUCGGAUUUCUUCGAUGGGAUGACAGCAGCAAGCACGACCAACGAUGCUUAUGAUGAAGACAACCCAUUAUACAACAAGACAGUGCAUUUUGAAGAUAUGAGUCUAGAAAAAAUUUCAAGAGAAAGGCUGAAGUAUAUUGAACCAAUUGCCGAGGGAGCUUUCGGAAAGGUGGUGAAAUGCGAGCUUAGCUCCCCGAUUGGCAAGGAGCCCAAGUUGGCUGCUGUUAAAUAUUUGAAGGACGAUGCCUCAGAGAAAGUCAAGCACAGUUUUAAAAAUGAGGCAGAAACGAUUGGAUCCUUUGAUCAUCCAAAUAUUGUUGCACUGCUUGGGGUAUGUAUUGAUGACAAGGGACCACCAUGCAUGGUUUUGGAGUUCAUGGAACUUGGUGACCUCACAAACUAUAUAAGAGAUAGAUCAGGAAGUUUUCAUGCAAGCUUUGGUAGAAAUGGGAUCUUACCCGAGGAAGUCGAGUUCAAGCCUCCCAAAAUAAGUUUUAAGGACCUGAUUGGUAUAGCGAGACAAAUCGCCUCUGGGAUGGCGUACUUAGCAGAACGCAAAUUUGUCCACAGAGAUCUUGCCACAAGGAAUUGUUUAGUGAACAACAAGACAAAUAUUAAAAUUGCCGAUUUUGGACUCGCUCACGAUGUUUCCUCAGCAGAACAUGAUUAUUACAGAAUAGAUGGACAGCACCUUCUACCUAUACGUUGGCUUCCACCAGAAGCGUUGACAGUAGGAAAAUUCACCAUCCAGUCUGAUAUUUGGGCAUUUGGUGUUGUUCUUUGGGAGCUUUUUACAUAUGGAAUUCAACCGUUUUACGGACAAAGUAAUGAGGAGGUCUGUGAUCGCAUACGAUGCAUGAAACUGCUGAGACGCCCGGACGGUUGCCCACAACGUGUUUACCAACUAAUGAAAAGUUGCUGGAAAUACGAUCCCAUGAAACGUCUGCCGUUCAGUAAACUUUAUGAAACAUUAACAAUGUGGACAUUGACCGGAAAGGGACAUUUUCUAGAGGAUGCAUGGAGCAUAAUGUUGAAACCUUUGGCGAUGGACAGAGCGCCUACACUGCCAUUCAAACGGGGAGUAUUAGAACAUUAGGCCCAAAUAUUCCAUCCCUAAAAUAUUCAGAUAGUAAUGACACCAUGGCUACUGAUCACUGAUGAUGAAUUUUAGUGUUUAUGAUAAUGCUCUCCUUCUCUCUGUGUAGAUAAGUACCCUGGCGUCAGAAAACAUUCAGUCAGCAACUACGAGUGUGUGUUGUAUUCUCUCCAUCAUUAGAUUUUAGCUUCAGUACGUCUCUUGCUGCAUAUGCUUGCCACAACAUGAUGUAAAACUAGCCACUUAAUUUGAGCGUUGAUAAAGUAGGUAACUCGAGAGGUUAGACAUAGGCCCCGUUCACACGGGAACGCAAUCGUUCCGUUCCGUUCUUUUCCGUUCCGAAAAGCGGAACGCUCAGGGGUUGUGUUCACAUGGGAACGCUCCAAACGACAUCAUUCCGUUCCAAAAAGUGGAACGAUAAAAUAAGUGAUACGAAAAGUGAAACGGUACGCAAUCGUUCCGUUCCGUUCCCGUGUGAACGCGCAGAACUGGUCCAGAAAAUGGAACGAUAAGAGUUUGGCGCAUGCGUCUGUGUUGUUGUUGAGGGAAGGAAAAGGUGACAAUAAUAAACUCAGCGAAGAAAAUGGAGGAUUUCAAAAACACCAUUGGCUGAAUCUCGCCGUUAGUCCAUUUAAAAGAUUCAACACCAUUCUGCAAACAUUGAAAUUCCUUCCUUUUAGGGUUGGCUUCAAUUUUCCCACGAGCUUGCUUAUUUUGGGGCGCUUUUGUAUUCUCCAUUUAUUUAAAUUGUUUAAAAAAUUCAGAGAUAGAUCAGAGAUAAAUCGAAAUGAUGAAAUCUAUCUCCAUUAUGGACAUGCGCAUUAAAAAUCAUUCGCUUAUUCUGGCGCGCAAAUUGCAGAACGGAACGAUUGCGUUCCCGUUUGAACAUAAACAAAAAUCGAUACGCAAUCGUUCCGUUACCGUGUGAGCAGUAUACCUUUUCGUUCCAGAAACUGGAACAAAAAUGGAACGGAACGAUUGCGUUCCCGUGUGAACGGGGCCAUAGAGUCAAAAGUCAGCUGUGCAUGAAUUAAGUUAAAAUCAUUUUCAGAAGAAUCGAACUUCAUUUUUUGCAACGAAGCAACUGCUAUGGUAAAAGCUAUUUUUGCGCAUAUUACUCCAUAUUUUUGAGGUUAUAAGCUGUUGAGUGUUGGCCGUUGAAAUGAAUAUUCGUGAGAAGAAAGAAAUGCCUAUACUUGCAAACUCAGAUGUUGCCCGCUGACAAUUUUAGCUUAGAAUGUAAUGUUUUCAUCUAUUGUUUUAAAAAAAUUGUUUCAAUUUUAUGCUAAAUCUUCAUGUAAACAAAUCUUUACUUGAAUGAAACUGUAUUUUUAUAAUACCAAAAUGCAAGAAUGCCUAGGAAAUGGGAACGUAAUUGAGAUUCAAACUCGUAUAGACUCAAUCGUAGCUCUGCGACAAGUCUUCUGUUUGAUUCACUUUUAACAGGUUUACCUCGAUCAUUUUAAAAAUCAGCUUUGAUGUUUUUGUUUCUGUUAUUUUUCUGUUAUGCUUAGUUUUGGAGGCAUUUUGUAUUCUUGACAUGUUUUCGAUACCUAAAUUGCGUUUUGAAGUGUGAAACGAUACCUGCCUACUCAGACGAAGACCGAAUAAUUAGAUUCACAUUUAUUUCAUUUUAAAAUCCUGUUAUACAAUAAAUUUGACUCACUUCCUUGUCUUGCUUUGUUCCUGCCUGUUACUUUUAAAUCACCCACUGGAAGAUUCACAGAAUCCGAAGAACAGCCUAUCCGGCGUAUCUUUCUUUUGACACAUUUCUUUGUUGGUUUUCUAUAGCUUUAACAGUUUAGGUUAGAAUUUUUGCAUGAUUUCAUUUCAGUCAAAUGAGGUCAGAUCCAUUUAAGCGCUGUCAAAUUAUGUUGAAAAUGGAACAAAUGUAGUUAAACGUGGUAGAAAUCCGGUAAAAUAAGAGGUUUUUCAACGUUAAUGGAUAUUAUAUGCCCCCUACCAUUCUAUAGUUUACAUUUUAAUCGAACCGGCACCCUAUUAAACAAUUUUUUUUCAUACUAAACAUUAUUUAGGCGUACUUUUUUCCGAAAAGUGCGAGAUUAUCGGUAUCAGUUUUUGAAAUAUAUGCGGAAUUAUGAGUACCAUUUGAAGAAACAUGCAGAAUUAUUAUGGGUACCAUUUUGGGAAAAUAUUGAAAUAAAAGUAUGAAAUAUGUGUAAUAUUGAGACUUUGGGGGAAAGGAAAUGCAAAAUUGUUUGAUGAUUUUUUGCUAGGCGCACACGAGAGAUUUUAGCUGAGCUAAAUGGAACGAGUAACAUUUAGCUCAGCCAUUUGCCUCACGAGUGCGGCGGUAUUUUUGUGUGAAUUUUGCCUCACGUGCCGAAUUUUUAGAAAUAAAACCAGUUUGAUAUUUUUUGUCACUCGUGUUGGUUUCAAAAUAAACAAUCAAAAGUAUUUGCAGUUAUUUCAUCACAACUGCUUUGAAGCUAGUGCC